AGGUGAACCGGGAGACUGGGUACUGGGCACUGCUGCACCUCCACCUGAACCGGGAGACUGGGUACUGGGCACUGCUGCACCUCCACCUACUGGUGGCCAUGGUGGGCAGGUGAAGCAAGACGCAGUAUAUGACUCCCUUCAAGACAUCCACCACCUGCAGCAGUAGCAGGAUGACGACCCACAGCAGCAGAAGGCGGUGGAGAAGCAGUAACAGUUACACCUUGUUGGUGUUAGUGAUGGUGGUGUUGCACAGCGCAGCAGCCACCGCUGCUAGGAACGAUGAGUAUGAUUAUGAUGUUGGUGAGGACGGUAGUGUGGGUGUGGAGGCAGUUGAGGACAAGAUGGAGGAUGGCUACCACAGCUACCACAGGCAGCGCAGGGUGCUGCUAGGGGACAGGAUUCGUCUCAAGUGUCGCCCAGAUGAAGCACCUGCCACACCCACGGGCCUCGUCUCUACCUGGUACUUCAACAACGUGCCGCUGGACCAACUCCAAAAUCCACGCCUCAAAGUCAUGGCUAACAGAUUGUGGCCUCGUCUGCGUGUAAAGACAGUGAAGAAGGAAGACGAUGGUGUGUACUCAUGCUGGUGGAGCAGCUCAGAUGCUGGUCAUGGCUGGGUCAACUUCACCCUUAUAGUACAAGAUGAAGCUCCUACACCUACACUACCUCAGGCCUUGUAUGCUGACAGCAAGGUGUUGGAGGUGGAGCAGGGUGACGAUUCCUCAGAUUUGGUGCCAGUCUUCACUAAGGAGCUCAAGUCACUCAUGAUAAAGCCAGCUGGUAAUGUUGCUGAGCUCAAGUGCCAGGCUCGAGGACCCAAUCUCAACACAACCUGGUUCAAAGAUGGUGAAAAACCUGCGCGUCAUCUUGGUGACGUACGGAUUAAAGGAGCCACACUCAAGAUGGAAAACCUCGUACCCACUGACUCUGGCAACUACACGUGUGUGGUCAACAACGCCCAUGGCUCCAUCAACCACACUUACGUUUUAGAGGUUAUUGAACACAUCCCUUCUCGGCCAAUCUUCACCAAGCAUCUGGAAAACUUGACUGUAACUCGAGGCAGCACUGUACGCUUUGAGGUGGAUACCUGGACAGAAAAUACUCUCGUGCCUUUUUUAGUGUGGAAAAAGGAUUUACCUAUCUCUUGGUCAAACUCAGACUCUAGAGACCCCUCUCAUAUCAUUAUAGAUACGAAAAUUCUUGAGGAUGCCCUAAAUGGCAAGGAGGGUGGUAAUAUAACAAGCACGGAGGAUCCUCAAGUUGUAGUGCUGACCAACGUCACAGAGAAUGAUGCUGGUUGGUACACAUGCAUUGCUGCCAACAGUCUUGGAACAUCGUCAUCAACAGCAUACCUCAAUGUAACGGAGGCGGAGCCCAUCCUUGCAGAUGCUGAAUCUCAUGCUAUUCUCAUCCUGGGGGUAGUUUUACUUUCUGUUAUGGUAAUUGCUAGCAUCAUGGCUUCCUUUGUCUGGAAGAAAUGGCAAAAGGAAAAGAGACGUGCCAUUGACCUAGAACGUGCCAAGGAAGAUACCACGCAGCAGUGGAUCAAAAUGGUUUUUGUGGAACGUCAAAACUCUGAUGCCUCACAGGAGCCUAUUCUUGUUUCCACAAUAAAAAUUGAACGUUGUCAGUCUACAUCACAUCUUGGGUCUGAAAUGACAAGUAUAUCAGAAUAUAAGCUACCUUUAGAUGCUCCUUGGGAAUUACCACGUUCAAGGCUGGUGAUGGGAGAAACUCUAGGAGAGGGUGCCUUUGGGAAAGUUGUAAGAGCUGAAAUACAAGGUUUCCUUAGACCAGGGAAUACAACUGUGGCAGUCAAAAUGCUGAAAGAGGGUCACACAGACUCUGAAUUAAUGGACUUGGUGUCAGAGAUGGAAAUGAUGAAAAUGAUUGGCACACAUAUCAAUAUCAUUAACCUACUUGGAUGCUGUACGCAAGAUGGCCCUCUGUAUGUUGUCGUUGAGUAUGCAGCUCAUGGAAAUUUGCGUGACUAUCUCCGCAACAACAGACCAUCUUCUGGCUAUGAACGAGCAAUUGGCCAGGAACUAGAUACAAUUACAAAAUAUGACUUGGUUAGCUUUGCCUACCAAGUACUCGUGGCAUGGAUACCAGCAUCAAAGAAGGAUGGUGAAAAACCUGCGCGUCAUCUUGGUGACAUACGGAUUAAAGGAGCCACACUCAAGAUGGAAAACCUCGUACCCACCGACUCUGGCAACUACUAA